AUGCAAAAGCAUUAUAUUAAACACCUGACACUGCAGGACUUUGCUGCAAUUUGUAUUUAUGAAGGCGUCACACUAUAUGUUUCGGGGGUGCAGCUUCAAAGCUAUUAUAAAUUCAAUAUGAUACCAAGCAAGAGAAUGAAGAUAUUUUACUUGUAUUUAAUCAAGUACAUGAUUAUUCUGGGAUUCAUUGUACAGUGUAUCGAACCCGCUUUCGCGGCAACUAAGAAAAGAUUCCAUGUAACUAAACCCCCCAAGCAAACUGCUGUGAAUAUCACUCACUUGGAAGAGGAAAGUGCAAUCAGUACAGGAAAUAAAUACAAUUAUAAGAUGUUUAUUAUUGCACUAGCUGUGUUGGUAAUACUUUCAUUGCCAGGAGCAGCUGUAUGGUUUCUGUAUUACAGACUGAAGAAGAAGUAUGGAAUCGAUGAUGUAGAAAAGGCAACAGAGGAAUCACAGGCUAAGCCUUCUAUAUCUGGAAUCACUACAUGGUUUAGGCUUCUUUAUGGCAAACUGAGGGAAAAGAACCCAGUAUCUGGAAUCACUGCAUGGCUCAGGCUUCUUUAUGGCAAAUUAAGGAAAAAGAAGCCAAUUUAUGAUGAAGAGAAGGCCAUAGAGAAAUCUCAGCCUAAGCCAACUACAUCUAAAACUACUUUGAGGAGUAAAGGCAAGAAGAAGAAGAAGAAGACGAAGAAGAAAAAGGCUCCUGUUAAUAAAUCUGUGGUGGAGGCAACUGUAACGCCUCUCACAAACCAAUGUACAGAGGAGCCAGUGCAAUCUGAUCAAAGCCCACAAGCACUUGUUCAGAUUGCACACUCAAUGCCUAAAGAAAAUGUUGGUGUCACCAAUGUGACGGAACAGCAACAUACGGUACCACGUGGAGAGUUAUCAAAGGAACACACUGUGGAAAGUGCGAAAGGAAUUUGCUCUAAAGUUAGAUAUAAGAGGUAA